AGGGAGCCGUGGGGGACUGCAACGUACACACAACACUCUGCACACACCCACGUACACGCUUUCGUUCUCCGGUGCGUUUGGCCGCCGGCUAUACAUAUUUUGAGCUGUUGAUAAAUGUCAAAGCACUUUCUGCGUCUACUGUUCGUAGGUGCGCCGGGCGUGGGCAAAGGCACCUACUCCGGCCGCGCCGCCGCCGCCUUGAGCUGCCACGCCAUCUCCAGCGGUGACCUUUUGCGGAAGGAAGUCGCCGAUGGCACAGAGAUUGGCCAACAGGUGAAGAGCCUCAUUGAGAAGGGGGUCUUCGUGCCCGACGAGCUUAUCACCCGCAUGGUGGUGCAGCACCUCGAGAAGCUGCGCACCGACGCGACGCGACCGAACGGCUACAUUUUGGACGGCUACCCCCGCAACUUCAACCAAGCAGCAACGCUGUGGAGCUCCGGCGAGAUCAGAAUCGAUCACGUCAUCAACCUGACCCAGCCGCGCAACGUGAUCAUUAAGAAGAUGUCGUCGCGUCGCUCCUGCCCUGACUGCGGGUUUGUAUACAACCUGGCCGCCAUCGACGAGGGCGGCAUCAAGAUGGACCCGUUGGUGCCGAAGGUGGAGGGCGUGUGCGAUAAGUGCGGCAGCACGAAGCCCCUCGUCACACGCCAAGACGAUGAGCUCGAAGUCGUGACAAAGCGGCAGGACGAGUACUUCGCCGUCGCAGAGCCACUUCUUCAGUUCUACAAGGGCAAGGGCGUGCUGCACGAGUUCGCCGUGCUCGGUGGCACAAAGGUGUAUCUGCCAAAGCUGCUUGACCUCAUCCACAAACUGCCGUGA